AUGCUUGCAACGAACGAACCGGUAGCUGAUGUCGACUCCGGCCGCAAACUUGGGAGACUUCCUUCGAGUAUUGAUGGCAGUGCAGGCUGUGAUCCUGACAGAGUCCGCCCCACCACGCCGCUCGAGUCGAUCCUGCCCCAUCCGAUCGACCCGCCGCAGCGCCUUCCGAGACCGGCUCUCCCAGACCAAUCAACACAAUACAACUUGCUCAGCAUGGAUCGGCCAUACACCAUCCGUCGCGUCCGCCGAGUCUUGAAUGCAAAGGCCUUCACCAACACGAUCGGUUUCAGGGACUCGCUGCAGCCCGACGAUCUCAAGGGAUUCUGGAAGGGGGUCAACUCGAAGGCAUUGACGGCGAGGGAACGCGAGGUGUGGUUCAAGCUCGUCAGGAACUUCACCCCGACUCGGAGUCUGCAGUUUCAUCAAAAGCACGACGACUCGCCCGCGUGCCUCGUCUGUGGAGCGCCCAAGGACGAUCGGGAGCACUACUUCUUCGACUGCGUUGACUCUAGGAACGUUUGGAUCGCGGCAAGGGGCGUGCUCUGCGACGCACUGGGGCUCGACACGAUCGACAACACGCAUUACACGGCCGUUCAACGCAUGUUCGGACUUCCGAAGCUCAAGGCCAGUCUGCGCGAUCAGGAAGGAGCGGGGAGGACGAUCAAAAUAUUCACCGGGCUGGUCUUGGAGAUGAUCAGCAGCGGGAGGUGGGGGAUGCAGAAGUGGGGGACGAGGCUGGAGGGUGUUGGGAGGAGGAGGAUCAUCUUGGAGGAGAGGUUGAAGCUGAGGGCGGGAGGAGCUUGGGGGAGGAGAGGGCAGUAG